UUGCAUAAGGAAAGUUUGAUUUUAAAAUACGGGAGUGUUAAAAAGGAAAAAGUUUUACAAUACAAAGAAAAAAAAAAAUAAAUAAUUUGAAAAGCAAAAAUUUAAUAUUUUUUUUAUUAAUUCAAAACUAUAACGAUUUUUUAAAGUUUCUUCAUAUCAAAUACGUUUGAGAAUUUUGAAAAAUGACCAAAUUCUUAAAUUUUUUGAGUCAAUCAAAACUAACGUCACUACGCUAUGAAUUUUUGAUAAUUACAAGUAUACUUUUCUCUUUAAUGGUUACAUGCUGUCAAGGUCUGCAGCUAAGCGCAUUUACUACCAAAACUCCCAGGGUUACCAAGUACACAACUAAAUCACCAGCGUCUUCUUCUAUGAAUCAUGAUGCCACAACUUCCCUUUAUCGCUUUAACGCCACUAAUGGUAUUACUUGCAUACUCAUUAGUGUUGAUGGAUUAAUUAGUAUUAAAUAUCGAAACAAACUAAAUGAAGAUGUCGAGGCUGAUCUAUAUUUACCCGACGAUCCUGUCUUAAAUGGCGAAUGUGUCGAAUCAAAUUUGGAGAUAUUGUCAUUAGAAUUUAAGGGAUUUAAAUUGCAAAUGACAUUUAGAAAGUCAUCUGGUGGCGAAGGAUGGUAUAUCAAUCUAUUUGAACUGAGUUAUUCAUCAUCAAAUUCAUUAUUUGAACAUCCAGAUCGUCCUGGAUUAGACGUUAAGUUAACAUCACCUUCACAUACACCCAUGUACUUCCCAACGCCAGUGGGUAAAUCUUAUGUCUGCGAUAAAGAACAAACAGUUGUAAUGUAUGCACCAUUGGACUCAGGAGACCAGUCAGGUCAUAUUGCACGCUUAUAUCUAAGGGAUUUACAUAUGCAGAGUUUUAUGUUUAAGGAGAGCGGCAAUUGGGGACCAUCAUUUCAUUGCAGCGCUACGGGUUCAUACAGGGAUGAAACUGCGCCAUUGGCAGUGGGAACUGCUCUAGCGAUAGCGGUACUAUUAACAAUUUCCGGUUAUGGUGGAUGGAGAUAUUUUAAAAUUAAAAAGGUGCAAUAUGGCACUAUGGAGUAAAUUACAAAAAUUCUAAAAA